UGAGAUAUGAAUAUAUGAUACUAAGAUGGAUUGCUUUCCUAGUUUUUUUCUUUUUCACACCGAUUAAUGCCGGUUUUGAAUUACAAAAAAAAUCUCUGCAAAUUCAUGGGUUGUGAAGAAUUCAUUGGUACCCGAUAAAAAAUCAUGGAUUUUGGAAGAAAAGAUUGAUUGAUGAUGCUGUUGCUUUGGAUUUGGAGUAAUUAAGUGGUGUAAAGUUGGGAGCUUUUAAGUAAUAUAUGCCUGGGUUUUAAAUUUUCAGUAGAAACGUGAUAGAAAUUUUGCAAAAAAUGUGUUCAAAUAUGCUUAUAAAUUAUAAGGAGGCAGCUACUGAUGUUGUUGAGGUCAUUUGGCAAUGAAGGUUUGAACUCUCGGAAUAGAUUUGAACCGGUUUAAUCCAAACCCCCUUCAUAGGAGGUUUGGUUCUACAAUGUUAUGGAACUAAAAACUUACAUUGAACCGUAUUAUUGCUAACUCAUUGUGCAGCUGGCGUAGGACUGGGAUCCAUAUAUACUCGAUCGACCAUUGAUAUGUCGUUCAUAUUAUUGGUACCCGAUAAAUUGAUUAUGCGGCUGGCGAUAUGGAUCCCGCUCCAACUACAGUUGAGCCUCAAGAAGGGCAUCAUAAGAAUCAGAAAGGGGCUGGUUGGAGAAUUUCUCUGCUAUGAUAUAAUUUCCGUUGUCUCAAUUCCUCUCAAGAUUUUAAUUUUGGGGGUCUCACGCAUAUUUCUUCAAUUCCUAGGAAAGUUGAUGUGAAUGGCGAUUCCACACUUGCAUUCUGUGCAAUCUGUGAGAGUUUCUUCCCCGUGCCGCAUUUCCUUUCCUAACCAGUAUCAUUGUGGUAGAAGCAAUUUCAGUAGAAAGAGCAGUUCUCUUGUUUAUGCUUCCACCCGCAACUUUGAUAGGGACCUUCGUCUUCAAUCAAAGGUUGAAACAGUGUUAGACAGUGUAAAAUGGGAUGACAAAGGUUUAGCGGUGGCCAUAGCUCAAAACGUUGACACAGGAGCCAUCUUGAUGCAAGGCUUUGCUAACAGAGAGGCAGUAGCCACAACAGUUUCCUCACGGAAGGCUACAUUCUACAGUCGGUCACGAUCAACCUUGUGGACAAAGGGAGAGACCUCCAAUAAUUUCAUUAAUGUCCAAGAAAUCUUCCUUGAUUGUGACAGAGACUCCAUAAUAUACCUUGGGAAGCCUGAUGGACCUACCUGCCACACAGGGUCAGAGACGUGCUAUUACACCCCAAUGCUUGAUUUGUUGGAACAUCGACAGGAUGAAGAACAUAAAUUAGCUUUGACCACUUUGUACUCAUUAGAGUCGACAAUUGCCAAGCGAAAAGAAGAAUUAGAAGUUCCAGAGAGCGGAAAACCCUCAUGGACUCGCCGUCUACUAUCUGAUGAAAAGUUGUUGUGCUCAAAAAUCAGGGAAGAGGCAGACGAGCUAUGCCGCACACUAGAGGAGAACGAAGAUAGGCUGCGUGCUGCCUCGGAGAUGGCAGAUGUGCUUUAUCAUGGCAUGGCUCUGCUGGCCCGUAAAGGCGUGAAAAUGGAAGAGGUUCUGGAAAUUCUUCGGCGUAGGUUUUCUCAGUCGGGUAUCGAGGAAAAGAGAAACCGCAAGUCACAAGCCUAGACGCGGGCAGCUCAGUCUGUCAAAGUUGAAAUGAUCUGCUUUGAUCACCUCUUCUUUUUUAUCGUUGUAUUCACCAUGUCCUGUGGUCUAAAUUUGCUAAAAGGAGUAUUUCUGAACGUAAAUUUGCAAAUAAUUUGGGUAGUGUGUGUGAUUUUAAAUCUCAA